UUCUUUCUCCGCAGUUUGUCAAGUGUGGCUAUGCUGGGUCUAACUUCCCGGAGCACAUCUUCCCGGCUCUGGUGGGGCGCCCCAUCAUCCGCUCCACCGCCAAAGUGGGCAACAUUGAGAUCAAGGACCUGAUGGUGGGGGACGAAGCCAGCGAGUUGCGCUCCAUGCUGGAGGUCAACUACCCCAUGGAGAACGGCAUCGUGCGCAACUGGGACGACAUGAAGUACCUGUGGGACUACACCUUCGGGCCCGAGAAGCUCGACAUCGAGCCCCGCAACUGCAAGAUCCUGCUCACCGAGCCCCCCAUGAACCCCACGAAGAACCGGGAGAAGAUCAUCGAGGUGAUGUUUGAGACGUACCAGUUUGAAGGCGUCUACAUUGCCAUUCAAGCGGUGCUCACUCUCUAUGCUCAAGGCCUUCUCACUGGCGUGGUGGUGGACUCAGGCGACGGUGUCACCCACAUCUGUCCAGUCUAUGAGGGUUUCUCUCUGCCUCAUCUCACCCGUCGGUUGGAUAUAGCCGGGCGUGAUAUCACGCGCUACCUCAUCAAGUUGUUGCUCCUGCGUGGCUACGCCUUCAACCACUCGGCCGACUUCGAGACGGUGCGGAUGAUGAAGGAGAAGCUCUGCUACGUGGGUUACAACAUCGAGCAGGAGCAGAAGUUAGCCCAAGAGACGACGGUGCUGGUGGAGUCCUAUACGCUGCCGGAUGGCCGAGUGAUCAAGGUCGGCGGGGAGCGCUUUGAGGCCCCCGAGGCCUUGUUCCAGCCCCAUCUCAUCAAUGUUGAGGGAGUCGGGGUCGCAGAGCUCCUUUUCAACACCAUCCAGGCCGCCGACAUCGACACUCGGAGUGAGUUUUACAAGCACAUUGUCCUUUCGGGGGGUUCCACCAUGUACCCCGGACUGCCCUCCCGCCUGGAACGGGAGAUCAAGCAGCUCUACUUGGAGCGGGUGCUGAAGGGCGACGUGGAGAAGCUGUCGAAAUUCAAGAUCCGCAUCGAGGACCCGCCACGCAGGAAGCACAUGGUGUUCCUUGGUGGAGCGGUGCUGGCCGACAUCAUGAAGGACAAGGACACCUUUUGGCUCCAGCGCUCAGAGUACCUCGAGAAGGGGACCCGGAUCCUGGAGAAGCUGGGGGUGACCGUCCGAUAGGAACGGACCCCUCCGGCCGUUUGGCCUCGAUACAUUCCAGCCCUCUCUCUUUCCCUCCUCCUGUGGAGCGACCAUGUUGCAGAUAUAUUUUUUUGUAUGGGAUCAGUGGAAGACCUCAAAUAAGAGAAGGGGAGCCUCCCUUGGCUCGA